AUUUUUUACAUCAGAUAUCAGAUUAUUACAAUAUCGGUUCAUAAUGAUUAUUGUGCUUUUGAAUGUAGACCUUUCCAAAUAAUCUAAAUAUGACCCAUUGAGGACUUAUAAGACACAUCAAAUGGAUCAGCAGACAGUCUCCCAAAAUGAAUCAGAUAGCGAAAAAGAUUUCCAAGUGCAGAUACGAGAGUUGGUCUCAGAAAAAGAGAAAAUUCAAGAAGAGUUCAACAUACAAAGAGCAAAGUUGAAAGAUCUAUUUCUGCAAAAAGAAGCCGAGUUGUCUAGAAAAACUGAAGAAAAUAAACAGCUGCAUAAACAGGUUGCUAAAUUGAAAAAUGAACUGGAUGAUUGUAAAAGCCAGUUAGUUGUUGAUAGUAUUACUUUAGAAUCAAAUUUUGAGGUAGAAAAACGCAAAGCUGAAGAAGAAAUAGCAACAUUACAAAGAUUAAUACAUGAAAGUGAGGCAGAAUCAAGUUCUACAAGGACUCUUUAUGAUACAGAACUAACAAAAUUAGAAACUUACAUACAGCAGUUGCAAAAAGAAAUUAUAGGUUUGAAACGAGAGAAAAACCAAACACAUCACAUAUCACAGGAUCAUAGUAGUUUAGCUUCAAGUCAGGUAUUGAAUGUCCUAACAAAAGGAUUGAAAAAGCUUGGCGCAGACUCUUUCUCUUCUCAAGAAAGUGUGGAUGAUAGUUCCAAGAAGACUGAGGAGGAUGCAGUGGUGUUACGUUCCCUUGUUGAACCAUUGGCGGACCAAAUAAAGGCGCUCAAAGAAAAACUGAGAGCAACAGAUUUUCAACUACAGAAAUGUAAAGAGUGCGGUCAUCGCCAAGAUGAGACAAAUGAAACUGUUGAUCAGUCGUCUCAACAUGUCAACUUAAAUGCAACAACAUCAACUAAUACGUCAUUUGAGUCCCAGAAACUUUCAAUAUGCGAUAUGUGUAGCAACUAUGAGGCCGAGUUGGUCAAGGAACAGAAAAAAAAUAGUGAUUUGAAAGCAGAGGUUACAGCUGCAGAAAAGGCUGCUGAGAGACACAAGGAGGAAUUGUUGAAAGAAAUCGGUUUCAGGAAGGACAUGGAGGAGAAAUGGAAUGAAAAGAAAGAGGAACAUAAACAACAGGUUGCAGAACUAACGAGGGCAACAGAGUGUAUGGAGAUGGAUUUAAAGGAGCUGCGACAGUUUUUUAAUCGAACAUGUUCUGAAAUGAAGACGAGUUUAGAGAAGUUAACCCACGAUAGAGAAACAAUUCAACAAGAACUCAAAAAGCUGCAGAAAGAAAAUGAUAACUUAGUGGGAAAAUAUACUGUACAUUCCCAGGAACUACAGAGUGAAGUUAUAGAUCUCCCUAAUACUGUUGAGGUAUGUGAAAAUGAGAUAUUGGGUAUAGAAGAUACACUGGAGCUGGAAAUAAGAGGCUUGAAAAAACAAAUAGAUCAAUUGAUGAAGGAAAGAAAACAGAUCCAUUCAAAUCAAGAAAAACUGGUUAGUUCUGAAUCUUUGAAUCAAGAAAAGAUCAAGGAACAACAAGAUAGAAUCAAUGAAUUCACAGAAACAAUCACAUCACUGGAGAAGCAAAACAAAGAGUUGAGGACUAGGGUGAUUUCUCUUCAACAGGAAUUAGAUACGACGGAGACUGUUCAAAAGGAUUUUGUCAGAUUGUCACAGAGUUUGCAGGUACAAUUAGAAAAAAUUCGAGAGUCGGAUAAUCAAGUGCGAUGGCAACACGAAGAGGAUGUUGAGAAAUGUCCAACUUGCCAUUCAAGCUUUUCAACGGCAAAGCGAAAACAACACUGUAGACAUUGCGGUCAAAUAUUUUGUCAACCUUGUUUGUCGCACACUGUUCUAUCAGGGCCUAAUAGCCGCCCUUCUAAAGUUUGUGAUGUUUGUCAUACCCUACUAGUCAAAUCUUCUGCCCCUUAUUUCAGUGAAGCUCCUCCGAUGACGUGAAAUUCUUAGUCACCUAGUAGCUGUAUUUGAUUGUUACCGUCUUUAAAUUUUAAAACGUGAAUAAAUUCAUUCCGAAAUUUUCAA